AAUAAUGUAUAACCAUGCUCAACUUUGGCGAUUCUGAACAAAAUUGGCCCUAACUCCUAAUAAAUUGCUUGAAGUGGAAAUAACCUAGUUUUAUUAUCUUGUUCUUCUCUUCUCACACCAUACUGCUAGAGCUUGAAUUGCAAAAAUGUUUCAAAACAACAAAACUUCAACUUCUGAUCCAUGCACAGGGAGGCUUCUCGAAUUCUUCGAAAUCUGCAUCAAUCAACUCUUAUAUCUCAACAAAAUUUAUCCAAAUGGAGUAUUUACCAAGAAACAAAAAUAUGGUGUCCCUAUUAAUUCAUGUGACCAUCCCCUGCUAAGAGACUAUGUAAAAAAAUGUCUGCUGACAGCACAAGAUUUGUUGAAAAAUGGAGAACUGAGUAAAUUAGUCGUAGUUUUUAUUUCUCAAGAUGGAAAACCGCUGAGGAGGAUUUGCUUUGACCUAGAAAGAGUACAGCUGCAGGCAGCGAUGUGCAAAGACAACUUGACUAGGCUCGAACUUCAGCUCAGAGAUGCUCUCUUGAGACUUUCAGUUUGUGAUAGGCAGCUGCCUCCAAUACCUGAAGGAUGCACUUUUAAAAUUUUACUCGAAACCUCCGAAGAUAGUUACUUAAAAAUGUGCCAAAGCUGUUCAACAAAGGCCCAGUAUGAAUUUCUAUGGGUGCAAUCCAAAGAAAGAAGCCAUGAAAAUUAUCUCGUUCCCAUUUCAUCAGUCGAAUGCGCUAAUUGUGACUUCCAAAUUUUUGCUCAAGAAGAAAAGAAAGACUCAGAUAUGCUUUCAACUUCAGAUUUCCCGAAUAUUGAAGCCGGUGGGAGCACGGUCUUGUCUGAUGUAUCAGAAGAGUAUUAGCUUUUUUGUGAAUAAAAAACAUAAUUAUUUUUU